GAGCAGCUCGAAAACGAGUCGAGCGGGGCGGAAGAGAGGAUUCGAGAUCACGUGGUGCCUUGCCUGGGGAACCUGGCCCUUGCAGCUGGGCGGGACUUCCUCUGGAAGCCCUUGCACUACCACAUCCUCCUCAAGGCUCGACAUCCCUCCUACCACGUGCGUCUCCACGCGAUCGCGGCGAGCCGGGCCGUGAUGACGAAGCUGGGCCCGGACGGGCUCGUGCUGCUCCCGGACGCCAUGCCGUUCUACUCGGAGCUGCUGGAGGACGAGCACGUGGAGGUGGAGGAGGCGGCGCAGCGGCUCAUACGGGACCUGGAGACCUCGCUCGGCGAGGACCUGCAGCAGUACUUUUGAUCCGGGCCUUUGUCUUUUUUUUUCUCAAUGAAG